AUGCCAUUACAUACGGUCGCUUUAGGAGCAGCGCUGACCCCGACAGUUAUCCAGACUCUGAUUGCGCAUUACCUGCAUCGCAAGUCCCAUCACAAGAAACCUACCGUUCAUAUCACUUACGAUGAAGGAAUCAAUGUCAUUCGUCAAUUUCUGUACUACGCGUCGAAACACCAAGUCGAGGACAUUCAGGCGUUUACAAGCCAAUCUGUCCCAAGCCCACAUUGGGUGAGAACAGAGACUGUCACCAUCCCCGAAAAUUAUCUCUCAACAGCCGGAGAUGUUCUUUGCAAACAAUUGGGGCCCAAGGGGAUCAUGCGUGUUGGGGGGCAGAGAUGGUGGCAAUGGCGAGGCCCUUCAGAGGAGCUCAAAGCGGAGUGGGUGGAAAUGCGCAGCCAUUACAAUUCCACCCAAAAGGCCGAUACACGCUGUAACCGGAUUAUGCUCUAUGUCCACGGAGGUGCCUAUUUCUUCGGGAGCGUUGACACACAUCGCUACAUGCUACAGCGCCACGCGCGCAAGCUGAAAGGUCGUAUUUUCGCCCCAGAUUAUCGUCUUGCCCCCCAGUUUCCUUUUCCAUGUGCCUUGCAGGAUUGUAUGGCCUCUUAUCUCUGGCUUUUGGAAACCUAUGAUCCUAAGGAAAUAAUCCUUGCCGGUGAUUCUGCGGGUGGCGGAAUGGUCUUGUCUUUGCUAGUUAUGAUGCGAGAUCAGGGCAUUGCUCUUCCAGCAGGCGCUAUCCUUAUCUCACCAUGGGUUGACUUGACACAUUCUUUCCCGAGUAUUGUCGAGGAUAAUCCUGGAGAUUAUAUUCCUCCCUGUGGUUUCAGGUAUAAACCCUCGAUAGCAUGGCCACCGCCAAAUGCCGACGAGCUGCUGAAAAUUAAGGAAUUAUCGCACAAAGAAACGGUGUCGGCUAAAGAAGUUGAGCAAACUGUUCCGGCAGCCAACAGCCUGGCAGAGGAAACCGCAAUUCGUGGAUAUACACUGCAUGAAAAGGUGGCACCUGGUACACGACCGGCUUAUCCCGGCGAGCAACAGAGCUCUGAUCCAAAAACCUUACAUGGAGAGCCGGAUAAUAUCCACGUGGUGUUGGGUGAAAAAACCAUUGAGAUCAAAGAUCAGAUUCAGAUGUACACUACCAAUCAAUUGAUCUCACACCCCCUGGUGUCCCCUGUUCUUCAGCCUUCCCUUGGUGGCUUACCGCCCCUCCAGAUUCUGAGUGGAGGGGGUGAAAUGCUCCGUGAUGAACAAUUCUACGUUGCUCACAAAGCCGCUGAUCCCACAGCCUACCAACCGAGCCACGUAUACCUUGAUGAAUAUGACCCAGAGCGAGAGACGUUGAAUAAGUAUGAGCCGACUUAUGUGCAGUUUCAAGUAUGGGAUAAUCUCUGUCAUGUGGCGCCGACCUUGAGUUUCACACGCCCCGCUAAGUACAUGUUUCGGGCGAUAUCCCAGUUUGGAUCUUGGGCGCUGGCUCGUGCACAAAAUGCCGAAGUUGAAAUUGUUGAUGAAGAAGCCCUCUCGCCCAUUUCGUCUAGUGAAACAGAAAGUUCAGAGGGCCUUCGGCACAUCCAUGGUUCAAACAAUCAAAGAACCGAUACCAAAAUGUCAUUCGUCGGCAAAGCAGGCGACCCCUUGCCGGCCUUCCACCAACAUAUGAUCCGUGAACGGGUUGACAGCCGCGGGAGAACCUAUCCGCUCGACCCUCAAUCGUCUUAUCCUGUCCUCAAUACUCCCCCAGAAGUUGUCGGUGCAGUGAAUCCCGAGCUUAUUCGCAAAUGGCUAGCUGCAAAGCAUGAAUGGGAUGUAAGAUUUUCCAAGGAAAAGCUGAAGGUUCAGAAUCAACGGAUCAGAGAGAUGUCGCACGGCUUUCAAGACUUCGAGGGCGAAUACCCAUCCCCAAGCUCCUUAGCAGCUCGUCGUGCUGCUCCGGGCGUCUUGCCGAAGCGUCACGCCAAGAAGAAUUAUGGCAUGAUGCUUUGGAGUGGCUGGGGCAGCAAGCAUGACGAACGAAGCAUGGAACGUGAGAAGGUUGCCGAGAAAUCUGGUCAUCCAUCGACUCGCACAAGCGUGGAUGCUGGGCAAGCAGGGCAGUGGUCUAGCCGGCCUGCGACCAAUGCUCACCAAGAUGGGUCUCAAAGAAAAUCUGCUGCCACAACAUCUCUCUCGAGUGGCACAGCAGGUAUAACAUGGGAUGCUGCAAAUGAGAAGAAUCCCCAAAAUGGGUCACGAUAUUUUGUCGACACUGAGUCAUCUUCUGCCCGACCUAUAUCUGCAAAAAGUAAUGGACCCAUUCUUCUACUUCCUGGCGUAGAUAACCGCAAAUUCACCGAAGAAAAUGCGAGCACACGAGCGUUGUUUCAUGCUGCAGGGACACUUCCUAUGACUUCAGACCUUUCUCUCUCCUAUACCCCAGGACGGCCAUCGUCAGUUGGAGGGUCAAUGGCUGACCGAAGCGAAUUUUUGUCCGAUGCUGGCGAAGAGACAAGUACUCUUGGUGGCGGCGAUACCAAUGGUGGCAUGACGCAUGAUGCAGCAAGCACGCGCGCCGUUCUCUCUGCCCGAGGGAUCAUUGCGCCUUUGAGCAACGGUGACACUGGCCGACUUUCUACCGAUACUGCAUCAACCCGUCAACAUCGGAAGUAG